AUGUCUGACAAAGAGCUGAUCAUAGCCGUGGUGGCUCUUCUCGUGUCAGUCGUUGCUCUCAUGGCAACUUUCAUGCAGGUCCUUCAGCAGUAUUAUGCCUCUGCCCGAGGCUAUACACAAUGCAACGAAAGGGUCAUGGAGCUUCGAUACGAAGUUCAAUUCGACGCACCCGUCAUAUUUGUUUUAUCACCCACCAACGAGAGAGGGUCCAUUCCUGACGCCGAAAUUUUCUACUUGAAAGGCACACAGCAGAGCCUGGGAGAAACUGGCACCAACUCUGAAGUUGAUUUGCGCAAGGAGUAUGCAAAAAGGUCACUCAAGGAGAGAAUCCACACGGCAGACAACGAGCGUGCCUCGUGGUUGGUGUUGCUUCUUGCCGUGCAAAAGAUGGAGGAGACGUCUCGUGAAUGGCAGGAGAAACAGUACCGAGAUCUUGGGCCGCCUAGCAGGACUGCUGCCACGUACAGCCUACCAUCAAGGCCCCCAACUUUGGAAGAAGCUUGUACAUUUACUGUCGCGGUGCAACGGAAACGCAAAAGCUGGGAUAUCAUGCCCGCCACUGUCAUGAAGCCUGAUGGCACGACGACCAUGUGCCACUUGGUUGAGAUGAUGGCUGGCCUUGGGGUGUACUGGAAAGAGUUUGAUUGA